CUGGCAUUUAAGCUGCAGGCAACCUUCUUUCUUUCAAACCGACGACAGCUCUGCCAGAGAAGGCCCGGAUCUCUGACACCUGGACUGAUUCGAGGAAGUCUUUAGUCUUUAUUGAGAAUACCGCACCAGACGUCAUUGGCAUACUCGAUCAAGGAUCGCGUCAUGGCUUUGUACAGAGUUAUCCGUCGGACGAAAGACAUUCUUUUCAGAAGGCGACCAGCAUCUAUAACCAUGGGACAAGAAGAAUCUAAGCCAGCAGGACCCAAACUCCCGGAGACCAUCGGAGGGAAGUUCUCAGGCCACGCGUUUCCGUUCGAGAACUUGGUGUUGGAAGGAGGUGGCGCUAAAGGAAUCGCUUACAUAGGAACUUGUAAGGUCCUAGAGGAUGCCGGGAUAAUGCCCCAGAUCAAACGGUUCGCCGGGACCAGCGCAGGCGCAAUCACUGCCGCCCUCCUCGCCAUCGGGAUGACGUCACAGGAGCUGCUGGACGAGCUGAGCGCGCAGAACCUGCUGGAAGUCGUGCUAGAUACCCGUUGGACCAAGUCGAGCUGGAUUCCCGGCAUGGGGACCGUCGGGCGCCUCUGGGACGUUCUCAACGAGCGGGGCGCAUGUCCGGGGGAGAAGUUCCUGGAAUGGUUCGGAGACAUCUUGGAGAGGAACUUAAAGAAACGAGGUCUGCCCUUGGGCAAGGACGUCACGUUUGAUCAGAUCUACCAUGUUCUCGGUAAGGAGCUGUGUAUUGUGGCCUACAACAUGAACUACAACCGAGAAUCCUACUUCCACGUCAAGACCACGCCCAUCAUGAGGGUCCGGGAGGCAGUGCGCAUGUCCAUGUCAAUUCCAGUGGUGUUCCAGCCAUACGAACUAGAGAAUCUCUUCACUUACAUCGAUGGUGGACUGGCGGCCAACUUUCCACUUUACGCCUUUGACGGUUGGUACUUGUCCAUGGACAAGCAGGACACCUUCUACAAACGCCUCGAGGCGCUCAAGGAAGACGACGAAGAUGUUGAUCACCUGCGCAGGGUGUUCUACCCCGAGUACAGAAUGGAACGGUUUGCGAUCCAAGGGCAGCAGUUCCAGAAAACUCUCGGCGUUCUAAUCUUUUCUAACUCAGACCGAGAGGUUUACCAGGAUCAGUUCCAGCACAAGCUAAAUGAGCUGAUAAAGAGAGAUCCAAGCUUCAUAAAGAACAGGCCUGAUACAGAGAAAGCCAGAGCUUUUGUUAAGCAGCAACAAAAGCAGCGAAACGCACGAAAUGAGGGGGUAAAGUCCUUCAAGACCCUAGUGGAUAGCCGAAUGAGGAAACUGAUUGAGCGGAUUGCCGGACCUGAUGUCAUGGAUCAUAUUGACGGCGGAGUUAUUGAUAUUCCCGAAACUCCAAUUGUGGGGGCAGGCGCUGGAGGAUUUUCGAUAGCAACAGUUGCACCACCACCGCAGGAACCGAGGAUCACAAUCGAGGAAGCCAAGCAGCAUUUUUUCGAGAUUGUAACCGAAGAGGACAUCAAGUCCAUGCAGGCACCUUCUAAGGACGUGGCAUUCCAGAUGCUGUUUCUCGACGUCAAUGGAAAGCUGACGGUGGACAGAAUGCUGAACAUGUACCAGAACUACGCGCCUCUACAGGUGGCUAAGAGAAGGAUCCUGGGUACCAGAUCUGUUGAGACUGCCGGACAGUACUACGGAACUCUCAUGGACUUUGUGGGCAGCAAGAACUCAAUCUCUGAGCAGGACAUAGACCGGUGUAUCGGGGUGGACGUGGACUAUCUCUCUACCAUGGACUUUGACAUGGCUCCUACGGACAUGGAGUUCCUCAUGGCUCAAGGAGCAACUGCGGCUACUGCCUUCAUCAUGGAGUUUGCGGAGGAUAAAGAGCUAAAGAGCAGGGACCAGCCUCCUCCUCCUCAGUGAUACUCAUAUUCAUUACACAAUGACGAAUCCUGUAAUGCCAGAGAUGGAGAGUUCCGUUCAAAACACGUUGUUACAAUGAAUCAUGUCAAAAUCUUGAGAAAAUGAGAUGCGCAAAAUUAAUUUUGUACCAUUGUUUUGAAUUUGUAAUCAUCCCUUGUCCUACAUUUUCACUAUAACAGUACGUAGAAGAACGACGAUGUUAGCGAUAUGAAGAAUAUGGCCAGUUAUGGAUCGUAUUUGAGAAUUUGCUGUGGUAGUGGGAGGGAGUAGGUGUGUUUUGUUCCCGUAAUAUUCAUUCCUGCAUAACUAUCUAUUUUCAACUUUGAUAAAGGCCGCUUGUUUGAUGUCGGUAUUGGUAAGGCUACUCAUACAGAAAUGGUGGAUUUGUAUCUUACAUCUGUCGGUUUAGUAACAAAGUACAGUCAAAUUUCGUCUCAACAAAUGGCCAGUGAAAAUGAAUGGUGACAGAGGAUGGUUGUAGACAAGAGGUUCUUAACUGUGCAAGAGUGAAUGGAACUGUGUGAUUUUAUGGCUUAGUACCAAUGUUCAUAUCUACAUGUAUUUUAGAAUAGCAAAAAAUGUCAUGUCGUAAUCGGGUUCAGUUUACGUGUUGGUAGCUGUCUUUGUCAAAGUAUUUUAGUCCUCUUGUUUUAUCCACUUACUAUUUUGUCAAUGUUAAGACAUAAGUUGGUAAGUUGAGGUGGUUGAGGGAUGAAGGCAAAUGGGUCAGCUUGGAGGGAGUAAUAAAUAGAUUUUAUGCAAAACCAA